GAUAAAGAAUUCAAGGGAGCGACAUGACCAGUAAAUUCCCAGUUGCUUUACUUCAACGAUAAACUUAAACAAAGGCCAUAAAGAAGCCACAACCACCAUAUCUGAGUGUGUGUUUUUAUUUUUAAAAUUAAUCAAUUCAUUCUCUGUAACAGAAUCUCCCACAAAAAUAAUGCCUUCGCAAGAACACGAACAACCGCUCUUAGCGGAUGAUGAAGAAGAAAGAGCCUAUGAUUCCAGUGACAAGGUAGCAAUCAUCGGGAUCGACGACGCUGACCUUGACGACUUAGCCACUACGCCGCCGUUUUCAUGGAAGAAGCUCUGGCUUUUCACUGGUCCCGGCUUCUUGAUGAGCAUCGCUUUUCUCGAUCCCGGAAACUUGGAGGGAGAUCUCCAGGCCGGCGCGAUUGCCGGCUACUCGCUGUUGUGGCUGCUCAUGUGGGCCACGGCUAUGGGCUUAUUGGUUCAGUUAUUGGCGGCUCGGCUCGGCGUGGCCACUGGAAGACACUUGGCUGAGCUCUGUCGUGAGGAGUACCCCAGGUGGGCUGCCAUGGUGCUGUGGGUCAUGGCUGAGUUGGCACUGAUUGGUGCGGAUAUUCAGGAGGUUAUUGGGAGUGCGAUUGCACUCAAGAUUUUAAGUAACGGGGUUUUGCCUCUCUGGUCGGGGGUUAUUAUCACUGCUCUUGAUUGUUUCAUAUUUCUGUUUCUUGAGAACUAUGGUGUGAGAAAAUUGGAAGCUGUUUUUGCUGUUCUCAUUGCAACAAUGGCACUCUCAUUUGCUUGGAUGUUUGGUGAUGCAAAGCCUAGUGGCACCGAACUUCUUGUUGGCCUUUUGGUUCCUAAACUUAGUUCUAAAACAAUACAGCAGGCUGUGGGAGUUGUGGGUUGCAUUAUCAUGCCUCACAAUGUGUUCUUGCACUCUGCUCUUGUACAGUCAAGAGAGGUUGAUCACAACAAGAAAGGACGGGUUCGAGAAGCACUCAGAUACUAUUCCAUUGAGUCUACUAUUGCCCUCGUAGUUUCCUUCAUUAUCAAUCUAUUUGUUACAACUGUUUUUGCAAAGGGGUUUUAUGGUACAGAAGAGGCCAGUAGUAUUGGUCUUGUAAAUGCAGGGCAGUACCUUCAAGAGAAGUAUGGAGGUGGGUUUUUCCCAAUUUUAUACAUCUGGGGUAUUGGAUUAUUAGCAGCUGGACAGAGCAGCACUAUUACCGGUACUUAUGCUGGGCAGUUUAUCAUGGGAGGUUUCCUAAACUUGAGGUUGAAAAAAUGGCUGAGGGCAUUGAUAACACGAAGCUGUGCAAUUGUCCCAACCAUGAUUGUUGCUCUUGUUUUUGAUACCAAUGAAGACAUGUUAGACGAUCUAAAUGAAUGGUUGAAUGUGCUACAGUCAGUUCAGAUCCCUUUUGCUCUUAUCCCACUUUUGUGUUUGGUGUCAAAGGAGCAUAUCAUGGGGGUUUUUAAAAUUGGCCCCGUCCUUCAGAUGGUCUCAUGGCUUGUGGCUGCCCUGGUGAUAGUGAUCAAUGGUUAUCUUUUGCUGGACUUUUUCUCCUCUGAAGUGAAUAAUGUGAUAUUUGCUACAGUAGUAUGCGCUUUUACAGGCGCAUAUGUGGCUUUUAUAAUUUACCUUGUCUCCCGGGGCAUUACAUUCUGUAGUUGGCGUUCUCAAUCCAAACAGAUACAGGGAAUUGAGUAAUUAAUCUUCAAUGCGCAUGCCAAUGGCAUAGCUGGAUUAUGAAGUAUAUUUAACCUACAACUUGGUGGAGGUUCUCUAAUUGCAUUUCAGAGAAUCCUUUUUCCCUUAUGUAAGAUUAGCCAUUGAAGCCUUUUGCAUUCUUCUUAGGCUAGUUGUGUACAAAGUUUUAAGUAAAUGGCUAUUGUGUCUCCAUGCAGUUUGAAACAACAUAGAAUAGUUGUUUCUGUAAUUAUACAACUUAACUAUAUUCUGUUGUAUACUAUGGACAGAAACAAACUGAACGUGCUCUUGAUACUUAUGUGGCAUAACUAUGUAGUUGGAUAUUGUAACACUCGAAUUUGAAAGUAUCUUUGGAACCUUUUCUGUUAUGUACAAGAAAAGAAAAAAAAGGGAAAAAUUUGUACAAUCUCUUAUGUAAUCAACUUUUAAUGCCAUUUGAAUCAACUGAUUUUGA